AUGAAAUACCGGUCACCAAAGCAGUGCAGAGAACGAUUCCACCAGAACCUGAAACCAACAUUGAACCACGACCCCAUCUCGGCCGAAGAAGGGUUGAUAAUCGAACGACUUGUGAGCGAGAUGGGCAAGCGGUGGGCAGAAAUCGCCAGGAGACUAGGCAACAGAAGCGACAAUGCCGUCAAGAACUGGUGGAACGGAAGCGUGAACCGAAAGCGUAGGGGCAUGGCUGCCGGUGGUGGUGCUGCCUCGCACUCCCCUGCUUCUUCUUCAUCUCCCUCCAGAACUCCCAACGGACGAGUUGAACCGCCCUACCAGAAAGCAUCAUCCAGGUCCCCGCAGACACAAUACAGAUGCCCACGGGCCGAACACGCAAUGUACAGCCAGGCCUCGCGCAUGGACAGACAACGAUCCUGGGCUUCCAUCUCAGACUAUCAAUCAUCACAACACCAGCAACACCAGCAGGAUGAAAGAGGGGAGUACCUGCACCAACGAAUUCACUCGCCCCUGCAAGAUGGCAGCAGUGCAACUCACAGCCGCAGUCACCAGCCGCUGGACGGCGAGUCCUGA